UUUGCUGCCAGUAUGUAGGAAUUAAUUCUGGACUGGAUCUUUUUUCCAGCUUCUUAUGAAUCAAGCUCCAUUCCUCCUAAAGUUAAAGAACGUGACUAUAUCAUGCCAGACAUACAAGAGAGAAAACCCGCUUCUUCUGAAUCAAGCUCCAUUCCUCCUAAACCUAAGGAACAUGACUAUAUCAUGCCAGACAUACAAGAUAGGAAGCCUGCUUCUUAUGAACAGAGCUCAAUUCCUUCUAAACCUAAGGAACCUGACUAUAUCAUGCCGGAAAUACGAGAUAGCAAACCGGUUUUUUAUGAAUCAAGCUCCAUUCCUUCUAAACCUAAGGAACCUGAUUAUAUCAUGCCGGAAGUACAAGAUAGCAAACCGGCUUCUUAUGAAACGAGCUAUAUUCCUUCUAAACCUAAAGAAACUGAAUAUACCGUUGCAGAUGUACAAGAUAGCAAACCCGCUCCUUCUGAAUCAAGCUCCAUUCCUUCUAAGCUCAAAGAGCCUGACUAUAUUGUGCCAGAAUUACAAGAUAGUAAACAUGGUAGAGUAACUUUUUAAAAAAUACGUUUUGGUUAUCUGUGCUAAAUAAUACAUUACUACAUUCUAUUAUGAACAAGAAAAAAAUUAAUGCAGAACUUUAAAAAAUUAUGCAUGUGUUCCAGAGAGACACUUUAGAAAGGUGUCGAUGAUAUUAUAAAGCAGAAGACCCUCAAAAUCAUCAAGGGAGCAGGGGCAGUACUGUUUUUAAUUUAGGUGGGGAGGAGUUGUAAACUCAAUAAUGAAUGUUGUUGUUGCUGUAUGCCUUCUAGCUGUUUUUGACUUAUGGUGACUUUAAGAUGGCCAUGUUAUAAGGCUUUCUUGACAAGAUUUUUUCAGAGAGGUUCUGCCCUGGCUUUCUUUGGAGGCUGACAGAAUAUGAUUUGCCUAAGUCCAACCAGUGGGUUUCCAUGGCUAAGCCAGAAUGAGGGAUUUGAGACAGAUAAAAGGAUGCUAGGCAUAUACUUGGUCUUGGACAUGUCCAGUAAAACUUAUUCUCCUCUACCACUUGAAGAAAUGUCCCCAUAUAGUUGUCCUACCUGCAUUUUAGUAGAUAUUUGAUUGAUGACAUUGAGAGAUGUGCCAUAUUUCAGCACCCAUUUGAGCAUGUAGAAUUUGUCUCACAGUAUUUGAAAAGUAACACAUUUGGUAGAAAGUAAAGCCAAGUUGAUGACAAAAAAAAACCUUAUUUCAAAAUAAAUGCACAUAGAAAUAAAAUCUUAAAUGUGAGCAGAAUUUGAGAUAUAUUGUUCAGCAGCAGAUAUAAAAUGCCUUUCAAUUCACAGAGACUUGAAUGAUUUCAUUUU